CCAACGGGUCAUAUGUAUCAGAACUCUUACCAACUGCGUGACGAAUCGCUCUCUAUGAUGUCUUUCAAAAUUCUUCUCAACAUUUCCGGUGCCUACUUGAUUGUAACAGACCCCGAAAAGAAGAAGGACCUGUCCUCAGAGCCGUCUGUCUCAACUAGCUCCUACAAGACCUCCCAAGAAGAUGCGAUAGUUCCGGAGAAUGAGGGUUCGAAGGAAGAGACGAAGAAAACGCCCAUGAUCAUUCUCUACUCCCUUACAAAGGGCAAUAAUAACAGCUGUGUUUUGGUGAUGAUAGAUUUGAGCAAAGAAAUUGCCGACCAGACCUCAGCCUACCGACAGUUCACGAGAUCAGCUCAGCAUAUGAGGCGGACCUACUCAAUUGCACGUGAUUUCUCCAGCAGAUUACAACCUUUCUUACAAGCACGCUCAAAUGCUCGUCGAUCCAUCCUUGGCUCGGUCUCCUUCGAAGCCCUUAGUUAUCGCGUACCACGACCAAGUAUCAACCUUCAACUUAGUCGUUUACGUAGGGAGGAUAAGAGGGAUAAGAAAACCAAGAAGGAGGUCUUUUUGUGUUCGCGUUGA